UGCCAGGUCUUAUUCACAUCAUCACGAGUAGAUGGCAGAUUGUGCGUCAUGCAGGACGGUCCGGUCAACGUCAUCAAAGACUCCAAUGUGGAAAUGAUCGUCAAAGAAAACACAAAGACUGUCUUCGAACUGAAGUACUACCCAAGUAGCUGGCUGCUCAGAGAGUACUGCACAAAAUCUGGUUCUCUGAGUGUGGCUCUCAAGAAGAUCAACAAAAGAGUCAAAGUUAACGUAAAGAAACUGGAGAUAACUUUAAAGAUCGUAAAUAUAGAGAGUAGAUAUCGUACUCUCUACUUCAACUACAUCUCAUGCAGUAAUUCAUAUCCGCUCCGCCACAGCUGGGUUAGUGUGUACAAUCGUUCUCCACAUUCCCCGGAGACGUUAGAGUACUGCGGCCUGAAGGUGGAGAAAGAAGCCGAUAACAACGGGAGUAUUUGCUUGGUGUACAAACCCCUUCUUCACGCGCAGCGACAAGACACGGCAUGGAACUUUUACGUGUCAACAAAACACUUUGACCUCGACCCGAAUUUCUUCAUCUACCAACUGGCCUGGAACAGUUCUCAAGCGAGGGAGCUGCACGCCUGGUGUGCCGACCCAGCAAUCGGUUUUGUGACGCUGAUAUUCCACAGGUUAAACACGACGAAUGAACAGCAGGACAUGUUUGUGUUCACGCUGACCGAUCACGAAGGAUCAAACGACACCCUCGUAGAGUUGCGGAGCAAG